UGGUGUCACUCAUUACCUGCUUUUACACGCAAAAGACAGAUCAUUUGUUGCUAUUAAACUAUAAAGUGCACGCGGCUUACAAUUGGUUAACUGGUUUUGGUUUUAGGCGGAAACCAAAAGACACAUAAACAUUCUCACAUACCAGAGAAAGUAUCCGUAAGCAGCUGCACAGGAGGGACCACACGGUGACAAAUGGCUGAACCUUACUAUAUUCUAUCUUCAAUCGCCGCGUUUGCAUAGCUACUAACUUGUUUUAGAGAUUGUAUGCAAUAAGUAUGUGCUGCAAAAGGAGUAAUUCACUCAACUCACUAACUUGUGCCAUUUGCUAGUAAGACCGAAGACAGACAAAGAGAAGAUUGCUGCUGUGUGUCAAGGGGACAAACGAAGGAAGUCCGACUCUUGGAUCUUGACUGAACGACACCGCUACGUUCUGCAAAGUAAUAGCCAUUACCCAAAUCAACACGAACCGAAGAUGAUAGAAAACGUGAAGCCUCUUGUCCAUGUAAAGAGAAAAGUUUUUGGGGAAAUAUAAAAAGGAGAAGAAUAAAUGAAAAAACCAAAACGCCAAAUACUUAAAAACAAAGAUCCAAAGUGUGUUUGUGUGGAUGAUUGCGUGUGUGUGGGUGUGUAUGUAUAUGACUACACAGGCCACACAAAAAUCCUCUUCCUCCUCCAAAAGCAACUAGAAGGAAACCAUGGUUCAAUUAUUAUAAGAAGUUCCAGUGUCACUCAGUUGCAGUGUCUCUUGCUAUAGGAGUAAACGUUUUAAACUUUUGGUCAAACCCUAAAGAUGCAUUCAAUCGGUCCCCUGUAUAUUCUCCCUGAUCGGCGCUAACCUGGGCUUAAAAAAAGGGAGUAGAAUUUCAAAAGUAUUACCAACCAAUCUAAUAAUGUUGAAGGCUAGUAAAAUAGGAACCACCUCGCUUCAAAGCAUUCAAAGCGUGGUCGUAUAUGAGAAUUCCUGUGUUCGCAGGGCAUAAAUCCAUUAUUCCCUAUUAAUGCGGGCCAAUCCUUGGGUGUCCUAAUGGACUAGAUAGAAGGCCAUGAAGUGGUACAGCCGGCCUAUCCCUCGGUUGUACUUAGGGCUUUACCACGUGACCCGCUUAAUGCUUCCGAUGCGACCCAAUCGCAAUCAUAAGGGGGUUGGUCGUGCAGCUAGAGGAUAAGGUUUUCUUAGUGAAUCUGGUAAUUUUUAAAUAUUUUGAUUUAUCGCUUGCCAUCUAGCUU